GCGCCCAGCCCCGCCGCCGACAGCCGGAGAGCGCGACGGCCGCGUACGUGUGUGCCCGGGCACUUCCACCCAACCCACAGCGCACCGGCGCGGACGAUGCGGCGGACCAGGACGCUCCGUCGCUGAGGGACCGGAGGAGGCUCCCGCGGUCCCGACGAGAUGCGGGCAGCGCUGCUCGCGUUCCUGGCGCUUGCCGCCCUGGCGGGGGCGAGCCGAGAGGAGGCGGAGGACGAGGAGGAGCAGGCGGGGCGGUUCUCGACGCCGGAGCAGCACCGGUGCAACUGGGAGCUGCGCAGGGCAGCGGGCGGUAGCGAGCUGCGGCUGAGCUGCCGGGCGCCGGCGGGCGGGGCGGCGCGCACCUGCGCCUACCGCGGGGAGCCGCGCCGCUGCCCCGCUUACGCCGCGCGCCGCCGCCACUACUGGAGGCAGAUCCUGGCGCGGCUGCGGCGGCGGCGAGACCCCUGCGCGCGCGGCGGCCCCCUCAGCGCCCGCCCGUGCGGCCCGGGCCGGGCGCCGCCCGAGGCGCAGCUCCGCCUGCUCCCGCCGCCCGGCCCCGCGCCCACCACGCAGCCCGCGCCAGGCCCGGACCAGAGCGUCUGCGCCGAGCGGUGGCACUCGCUCUGCAGCUUCUUUGUUGGCUUCUGGGAGGGCUGAGUCGGCCCCGGCCCGGCAGCGCCCGAGCCUCACCUCGCUGCCCCCACCCUCACUCUGUCGGCUUCCCUCUCUUUCCUCUCCAAUAAAGUGUAACUAUUUUAUGAGAA